GUGUGUGGCACGGACGGGGAAAGCUAGUUGUCCACAACUGCGAUAUGUGAGACCGUCGACGGAGUUAACCGUUAACAUGUUAGCUACGCUUUUAAAGAAUUUCAAAACUCUUCAAAUUCGGAAGAUAUAUUUGAGAACAUACCUUGGGAUUAAGCAGCCAUCUUUUUUUUCUUCAAACAAAACGGCUCAAGUACAGUAGCUAGAGAAACCGCUCGUCUUGAAGCAGACCGCUGGCUGGCUAGUCCUUCUCGAGAAGCGGACAGUCUGCGUUGAUCAAGAACCUUCUCGGCAUCCAGACACCCUCGGAGGGAUUUAAAAGCUGAUUUGUGUAGCUAAAUAUCCGUACUUUUUUAUUUUUAUUUUUUACAUCAAAUCAUAUGAGUACUAAACACACAGAUUAAAUCGCGUCAUCAACGAAGGAUUUUGCACCAGAGGAUUUUUGACAAGGAGGAGUUCUCCCCCCCACUGACUGUUGUUGUGAGAGGAGCAGAGACAGUGGCGAGCCAGACACUGACCGUCUCAUCACCAGAGAACCUCUCGCUUCUCCCACAAAUAAACAAAGGAUACAUUUCAAGAUGUAUCCGCAGGGCCGACAUCCGGCACCUGGUCAUGGUCAGCCCAGUCAGCCUGGGUUCAAGUUCACCGUAGCAGAGUCCUGCGACAGGAUCAAAGACGAGUUUCACUUCCUGCAGGCCCAAUAUCACAGUCUUAAGGUGGAGUACGACAAGCUGUCCAAUGAGAAGACAGAGAUGCAGCGCCACUAUGUCAUGUAUUACGAGAUGUCCUAUGGGCUCAACAUAGAGAUGCAGAAACAGACAGAGAUCGCCAAGCGGCUCAACGCGAUUCUAGCUCAAAUUAUGCCUUUCCUGUCACAAGAGCACCAACAGCAGGUAUCCCAGGCAGUAGACAGAGCUAAACAGGUCACCAUGACUGAGCUCAAUGCCAUCAUCGGGGUACGUGGGAUUCCCAAUCUGCCUCUCACCCAGCAACAGCUCCAGGUCCAGCACCUUUCCCACGCAGCCCACGGCGGUCCUCCCCUCCUGCCCCCCCACCCCUCGGGGCUCCAGCCCCCUGGUGUGAUCCCAGGGUCUGGGCUGCUGGCCCUUGGAGCUCUGGGGAGCCAGGCUAACCUCCCUGUUAAAGAUGAGAAGAACCAACACGACCUGGAACACAGAGAGAACACGAAUAACGUCUCCCCGACCGACAGCUUGAGGACAGCCAGUGAGAAGCACCACAGCUCCUCUGACUACAGUCUGGACUCUAAGAAACGCAAAGUGGACGACAAGGACGGUAUGAGCAGAUAUGACAGUGAUGGGGAUAAGAGUGAUGACCUGGUUGUAGAUGUGUCCAAUGAGGACCCCGCCACCCCUCGGGGGGCUAGCCCCGCUCAUUCGCCCGAGGGGAACGGCAUCAGCAAGCCCCGCCCCCAGAAGGACACGCCCACCAGCCCCGCCUCUGUAGCUUCCUCCAGCAGCACGCUGUCCUCCAAGAACAAGGAACACCAUAAUGACAAGUCAUCAAUGCCAGGCCUGAAGUCGACCACCCCCACCCCUCGUAGCGAUGCCCCCACCCCAGGCACCUCCACCACUCCUGGGCUACGACCCAUCAUGGGCAAACCCCCUGGCAUGGAGGCUCUGGCGGCCCCGGCCCUGCGGACUCCCCUGUCCCUGGCGGGGUCCUACCCUCCCUUUGUUAUGAUGGGUCACCACCAUGAGAUGAACGGAGGUCUGACCAGCCCCGGUGUCUACGCUGGAAUACACAUCUCCCCUCAGAUGAGCGCCGCCGCGUACGGACGGUCACCCAUGGGGUUUGAUUCUCAUCCCCACAUGAGACCAGGUCUUCCUGCCAGUCUCACCUCCAUAUCUGGAGGAAAACCAGCCUACUCCUUCCAUGUGAGUGCGGACGGGCAGAUGCAGCCGGUGCCGUUCCCUCCGGACGCCCUGAUAGGCCCGGGGAUCCCCAGGCACGCCCGCCAGAUCAACACGCUGAGCCACGGCGAGGUGGUGUGUGCUGUCACCAUCUCCAACCCCACCAGACACGUCUACACAGGAGGGAAGGGCUGUGUCAAGAUCUGGGACAUCAGCCAGCCGGGCAGCAAGAGCCCCGUCUCUCAGCUGGACUGUCUGAACAGGGAUAACUACAUCCGCUCCUGUAAGCUGCUCCCCGACGGUCGUACCCUCAUCGUAGGAGGAGAGGCCAGUACUUUAACCAUCUGGGACUUGGCCUCUCAGACGCCUCGUAUCAAGGCUGAGCUGACGUCCUCCGCCCCUGCCUGCUACGCCCUCGCCAUCUCCCCCGACGCCAAGGUCUGCUUCUCCUGCUGCAGCGACGGGAACAUCGCCGUCUGGGACCUGCACAACCAGACUCUCGUCAGGCAGUUCCAGGGCCAUACGGACGGGGCUAGCUGUAUAGAUAUCUCUCACGAUGGGACCAAGCUGUGGACAGGAGGUCUGGACAACACGGUACGCUCCUGGGACCUGAGAGAGGGCCGCCAGCUACAGCAGCACGACUUCACCUCACAGAUCUUCUCUCUAGGAUACUGUCCUACAGGGGAAUGGUUAGCUGUCGGGAUGGAGAGCAGUAACGUGGAGGUCCUCCAUCACACCAAACCUGACAAGUACCAGCUACAUCUCCACGAGAGCUGUGUCCUCUCACUCAAGUUCGCCAACUGUGGGAAAUGGUUUGUGUCUACAGGGAAGGACAACCUGCUGAACACCUGGAGGACUCCAUAUGGUGCCAGUAUAUUCCAGUCGAAAGAGUCUUCUUCAGUCCUGAGCUGUGACAUCUCAGCAGACGACAAGUACAUCGUCACAGGCUCCGGGGACAAGAAGGCUACUGUCUACGAGGUCAUAUACUAGAGACAGACAGA